GUCAUUUUAUUCAACGUCGUGCAAACGUUCAGUCUUCAACCACGCUCGAGUAGCUGCACUUCUCCACAAGUCACACUCCAGCCAAGGGCGCGUCGCCAUGAUGAACCUUUUCAGGCUGUUAGGGGACUUGUCCCAUCUGCUAUCGAUUCUGAUUCUCUUGCACAAGAUGAAGACCUCAAGUAGUGCGGCCGGUAUCUCAUUCAAGUCACAGUUCCUGUACUUAAUUGUGUACCUCAGUCGAUACAUCGACCUUCUUUGGACCUUCUACGACCCCAGUGCGCUAUACAACACCAUCUUCAAGAUCGUCUUCAUCAGUACAUCUGCGUAUACCGUAUACCUCAUGCUCAACGACUUCAAGCCCACCCACGACCCGAACCUCGAUACUUUCAAGGUGCAAUACUUGCUGGCAUUCAGCACAGUACUAGCCGUGCUGUUCCCGUACAAAUACACGUUGACCGAGAUCCUAUGGGCAUUCUCCAUCUGGCUCGAAUCGGUCGCUAUCCUGCCCCAGCUAUUCAUGCUGCAAAGGACCGGUGAAGCAGAGACAAUCACAACGCACUACUUGUUCGCGCUCGGCGCUUACCGAGCUCUGUACAUCCCCAACUGGAUUUACAGGUACUUCUUCGAGGUGCCGCGCUUCUACGACCCAAUCGCUGUCAUCGCAGGUAUCGUGCAGACCAUCCUGUACUCGGAUUUCUUCUAUAUCUACUACACAAAGGUCAUCCAAGGCAAGAAGUUCAACCUCCCCGUCUAAGAGAUCCGAGAGAGUUGGCCGAUGCCUAGAAAUACGCUUCGAAAGCCCAUAGUUGGCGCGCGCAAGCUUCAUGUACUUUUAACACUCGACUAUCGGCGUUUUGAGAAGCGAUCUUGGUUCGGACUCAGAAGUAUGAGACGACACUUGGUAGCUGUUGUACGAAUUGCAUGAAUAGAGGAGUACGGACGGACAUGUGUGGGAUGUCCUAUGGAUGGUAGGGCUACAAUGCCGCUAUAUAGCACCAUAUAACAUCGAAUUACC